AUGUCAGGUGUAAAGAGAACAGAGACCCCAAUUAUUUUUGCUCCAGAAACGUAUCAAUAUGAAAAGGGACAUUUAAAAGAGGAUGAACUUCAAUCCAAUCCAAUUGAACAGUUUCAUCAAUGGUUUGACGAUGCUAGAAAAUCAAAUACCGAUGGUUCAUUCCUUCCGGAAUCUACUACCUUCUCCACGGCAAGAUUACCAUCAGGUAGAGUGUCGGCAAGAACAGUAUUAUUCAAGGAAUUAGACACCCAUGGGUUUAUUAUCUACUCUAACUGGGAUAAAUCAAAGAAAUCGCAAGAUUUUGAAAGUAAUAAGUACGCUGCGUUGACGUUUUUCUGGCCUAGUAUCCAAAGACAGGUUAGAGUUGAAGGGAUCAUGGAGAAGGUGACUAGGGAAACAUCAGUAAGAUAUUUCAAUACCAGACCCAGAGGAUCCAAGAUUGGUGCAUGGGCAUCUCCCCAAUCGCAGAUUUUGAAGAAUAGAGCUGAAUUAGAUGAUAACGAUAAAGAUUUUGAAGCUAAAUUCAAGGAUGUAAAAGAUGAAGAUAUUCCCUGUCCUGAAUACUGGGGUGGGGUUAGAAUAGUUCCAUUAGAGAUUGAAUUUUGGCAAGGUGGAAUGAGUAGAUUACACGACAGAAUCAGUUUUAGAAGAGAGUCUGUCGAAGAUACUAAAUGGAAUAUGGUUCGUCUUUCGCCAUAG